ACAUUUCUAUUCCCAUUUUUCAAAAAAAGGUUUCAAAGCUAAAGAUUUUUAGUAUUCCUUGUCCUCAAUACGCCAAAUAAAUUUUCAUAACGAAAACAAUGUAAAAUGAACAUGAAUUUUACCGAAAUUUUGUUUCCAAAUACCGAGUACUAGAUACAUCCAAAAGCUACAUCAUUAGAAGUGUUCACGAAAAUUAUUUCGUCAAUUCUCGUUUACAAAAAGCGGUGGCUGAAUAUUUUCUGAAAUUUUGUUUUGCAAAAUGUCUUUGACAUUUUCGGAUAUCUGCAACGAUCUCAAAACAUUUUUGGAAAGCAUUUGUCGCACCUGUAGUCGAAUUGAUAAUGGAGAUGGGCAAUUACAGUUUAAGCGCAUAUUUGAUAUUACAGUAGAGCCGCUGGUUACAUUUUCUGAAGAUGGCGAGGGAUUCCAAGCAAGCGAGGAAUUCAAAGAUGUGUAUAAUGAAUUAUUGUUUUGGAAACUUAAUAUUAAACCAAAUGAUGGAUUGCCACAGCAAAUUUGUCAUGAUUGCUUUGAGCGUUUAAAUGGUGUAAAACAUUUCCGUAAUCUCUGCCUGGAUACGCAAACUUUAUUACAGUCUUAUAUAAAUCAUGUGGACACAUUAUUGGAGUCCGGUAGUUUGGGACGCUUAUCUCCCCGAGGAGAAUCUCUAAAAAGUGAAUCGCGCAGUUCACCAGCGCCUUUACUGUUUAAUCCAGAUGACUUGGUAGAAGAAUCCCCAGAAACUCCCGAACGCCUAACAUCCCCACAAAAUUCACCCAAAAGUCAAUCCUUAUAUCAAAGCCCUCGUUAUAACAAGGAAAUUGUGUAUGCGGAAAGUUCAAUGGGUACACCUCCACCACUAUUUGACGAAAUGAACACUGAGCCAAUAGAUAUGGAGACACUGGAGUAUUUAAAAGCAGAAUCCGAUCCGGAAACAAAACAACACCCAGUUCAAUCUCUUGAUCCAACCCCAGACAUUUUACAUCCUUUGAACUUCAUAAGUAGUAGUGAGGAUGAAGACACCGAUGAUGAAAGUGUCACCGAUACUGAGCCAGAUACAAUGCCAUAUAAUGCAAAUUACUCUCCACGUCGUUCUCUGCAGUGCAAAAUUUGUUUCGCAAUUUUUCCUAAGCGCUUUCUAUUGAAAGAACACCGCCUGCGCUUACAUCCACAAGAAAACCCAUACGUUUGUAAUAUUUGUUCCAAAGGAUUUAAAUCGAAUUUCCAAUUGUCUCAACACAAACACAAGCAUAGUCGCCUGGACUCAAUAAAGUGUAAACAAUGCGGCAAACAUUUCCGUAGUCAACUACAUUUACAACGCCAUCAUAAGAAUUUUCAUUUAACAUCCACUUACACAUGCCAUAUUUGCAAUGAAAAAUUCGAAAACUACACACAAAUGCGAUUUCAAUAUCAUGUGCGACAGCACGGCGAGAAACGGUUUCAAUGCCAGUUUUGUGAAAAGUCAUUUCAUCAAAAAAUCCACCAAAUCAAUCAUGAACGUACCCACACAAAGGAACAGCCAUUUCGAUGUGAUGUUUGCGGAAAGUGCUACCGCCAGCAAACGGCUUGCAGAGAACACAUGUUGACACACAAAGAUCCUACUCCAUUCAAGUGCUCAAUUUGUCAAAAAGGAUUUACUCAGCGCUCGAGUUUGCGUAUGCAUUUACGUGGUCACAGCCAACAUAGCAAGAAGAAAUCUCGUUUUAAUUGUGAUUUAUGUGGACAAACUUUCUCGAAGGAAGCACAAUAUGAGUGGCAUCAAUUGAAUCAUAAAUCUUAUUGUAAGGAACCGACAACUGCAUUUGGAUUAGAGACACAAACUACACAUGGACUAACUUCUAAGAGAUUUGAUUGUAAUAUUUGUGGUAAAUCGUUUCUAAAAGAGAAGUUACUUUUACUCCAUGAACGGCAAUAUCAUGGAAGUGUUAUUGAUGAAGAAGGUGAUUCAGAGAGCGGGCUUCUCUACAAUCCUUCCUCUGACAAUCGUAUGCGCAGGACUAAUGAAGACACCAUUGAUAAAGACGUAUUAAAAUUUUUUAGCAUAUAAGCUGUUAAUGUUCAUUUGUAGGAUCUGAAACAUUUGGAAUUGGGAAUAAAUAUAGAAUAUCAAAUACAA